AUGACGUUCAUAGACAGACCUUCACCAGACAAUUGUUCAGUUUUUGACACGCUCGCAAAAAGUGCGGCAGAUGUGGCUUUAAACAAUUUUAGAUGGCAGUACGCCUCGUUAAUCCUAUUUAAUCCGGCAUUUUUCUGUGGUGUUAAUGUUUUCUUAAAAUUUUAUCAAAAAAGCAUAAUUAUAGGACAGAGCACAUUCAACCCAUGGGUUUUGGAAAACACUAAACAAUUCGUCUUAUUCAUAAGUGAUUUAACGGAUCUGUUAGAUUUCUUGGACUGGUUGAAAACGCAAAGAUUUAAUAACACAGGUAAAUAUCUGGUAAUAUGUAACACAAUAGCUGGAUGGACCUGUGAUGAAUCUGUUGCCGUUAAUUUGCUUUGGGAAUAUAGGAUGGCAAAUGUUAUUUUUAUGAAAUACGACGAAUUUGAUAAGCCAAUUGGCUUUACCUAUUUCCAAGAUUCCACAUGUCGCAACGGCCCACCGAUAGAAGUAGAAAAUUGGAACGCAUGUAUCCGUUCCAAAAAUUCAACAAAAUGCCAGCAUAUGUUUCCUAUAAAAUUCAAGAAUUUGCAGCGGUGUCCGUUAAUUGUUUCAACGUUUGAACAAACUCCAUACAUGAUGCUAGGGAAUGGAACUCCGACAGGGGCCGACGGUGAUCUUCUAAGAGUUAUCAUCAAGGCCUUGAACGCAAGCCUUAUAAUGGUAACACCAAAGCUUGGCACUGGUUGGGGUAAACUCGAAGAGAACGGUACUUGGUCGGGCUCUCUUAGUGAUGUUUACUACGACUGGGCCAACUUUUCAAUGACAUCAGCCAGUAUCACCCUUCACCGAUAUAGAUAUUUUCAAAUGUCCAAAGAUUAUAACACUGUCACGAUUGUCUGGAUUACGCACCCCUCGAACCCAGAACCGUCAUUAUUUAAACUUUUGAGGCCAUAUAGGAAAGAAGCUAAAAUACUUUUGUGUUUAAACUUUAUUAUUAUCAUGAUCGCAGUCGCCAUAUUCAAAAGUAAGUAUUGGACAAGUAUUCGAAAUAAGUUUAAAAUUAAUGAUAUACCUGAUGGGAUUGUCUUUUAUUCUUGGGAAAUCUGUAUGGGCUUGCCAGCGUCUAAGUUGCCGAAAAAAUGGAGUUUGUUGUAUUUAACACUCCUAUGGAUAUUACAUUGUUAUUUAUUGAGAACGUUAUACCAAGUUUACCUUAUAAGCUCAUUACAGUCUGAUGUGCGCAUAAAUGGUUUUGUGCGUAUUGAGGAUGCCAUUGCUGCUGGUUAUCCAUAUGGAGGAGGUCUGGCUCUUAAAGAUUAUUUCAUAGACAAUCCUUUGAUCUAUAACAACUAUAAAAAUAUCGAAAGUAAUCAAGUAUAUCCGAUAAUGAAAGAGCUAUCUAAAGGCUUAAAAUUCGUCGCAGCCGUUAGUUUUGAGGCUACCAAAGUGUUUCUUAGAAAACCAAAAAGAAAAUUGCACAUCUUGCCUGAAAGAAUUAUAAAAAGCCCUACAGUAAUAUUUUUUAAAAAGUAUUCUUCGUUAGCCCAAUCUAUUGAUUCAAUUUUGACACAUCUGAUAGAAGCAGGGGUGGUGCAGAAAAUUUAUAAAGAUAAUAGUUAUCUUCGAUUUGAUGUGGAUAAAGACGCCCCCAAACCAAUAACAUUACAAGACUAUUCUGGUUGUUUUAUGAUAUUAGGAGGUGGCUGGGUAGCUUCCUUAAUUGUGUUUUCUAUUGAAAAAUAUAUGUAUCACAAAAAACAUACACUUAUUAUGCAUAAAAGGAAAGUCUGCCAUUAA